GAUCAAGAGCAGAGGCCCAGGCUGUUGCUCACUCUGGGCCUGUCAGGACAACACCUGGCUGCAUAUGCGGCUGGAUCGCUGCAUUCAUUCUGCAGUAUUUACUGUUCUCUCGUGGAGAAAAUCUGAAAGCCGGUCCACUCGAUGGGGGGUCGGACUUGCUGUGGCUGCGGCUGCGGCUGCGGCUGUGGCAGGUGCAAUGGGUGUGCCAACAAUCGUAGCAGGAGCGUCGACUCUCGAAACCGGCGCCUUGACUCCCGGAAUAGAUGUGAAAAUUCCAGAAACAGGUGCUAUGACCGGGAUCUUGAGUCCAGAGCACAACCACCGGAAGACACCAGAAGGAAGCCAGUGUUGGGAAAACUUGGCACUCUCUUUACGGCUGGAAGGAGACGGAACACUAGGAACGGGUUAGAGAGUCCCACCAACGCAAAUAGCAAAUCGGCCUCUGCUAAACUCCCUGAAAUAGAGAGUGAGAAAAGUAAGGUCCAGGACAGCCAACCAAAGCCAACCGACGCGAGCGAGGCGGGCUCCCGGCAAGAGGCAGAGGACCAGCCGGAGGACAGCUGCAUUCAGGCAACCCCCUGCGACGACGCCAAACUGUCACCUUGCUCCAGCAGCAGUCUAGAAGUUGUGCAGCAGUGCCACGACAGUGAUUCAGCCCAAUUAGAACCUCUGCAGGCAGAGGGAGAGACCUUCCCAAAUGCCACCACCGCUGCCAAGGAGCCGCAUUCCUCACCGGGGAAUUGCUCGGGGCAGGAGAGCUCAGAGACGCCCGCCCGCUGUCCGGGGGAGGACGCGUUGCCAGGCGCUGGCCUCCAACCAGAGACCGCGAGGGGUGUGUCGGGGUCGCCACCUGAGGAGCGCCUCGUGGGAGGAGUAGGAGAGGCCCCGGACGGAGCCCCUGGCGUGGGUGCCGACCAGGGCUCUCUGGGGGCCCCGGGGGACGCGGUUCUGGCAGGUGAGCCUCCCGCCCAGGGCGUAGAGACCAUCUGCACAACCCCGCAGGCCGACCGCGCGCAUCCCUCCAAAGUGCUAACUUUGGACAUCUACUUGAGCAAGACUGAGGUGGCUCAGGUAGACGAGCCGGUCUCGAUUGCUCCGGGGACAGACGACUGCGACGAUUCGGACGACAUGGAGAAGAGGUCUAACGGCCGCCGGUCGGGUCGGCGGAGGAAGUCUCAGAAAUCCACGGACUCCCCGGGCGCGGACGCCGUGGCGCCCGAGAGCCCGGCAAAGGACGACUCGGUGUUCGACGUCCAGGUGGCGCCAGACGCGGCCCCUGAGAACGGCACGGCGGAAAGGAAAGUGAAAUCUGUACACGCGGUUCCCGACGGCCCGGAGCCCAAGGCCACCCCCAGCCCCAGAGGACAGCUCCGGGGGGAUCCGGACCGCGGCAAGCAGCAGCCCCCCACCUCUUCUCCCACCAAGCGGAAGGGCCGCAGCCGGGUCCCCGAGGCGGUGCCCAGCGCGCCCAGCGGUGGCUCCCGCGCUCCCGCCAAGGAGUCCCCACCCAAGAAGGCGCCCGCCGCGGCAGACGGCGGGGAGGAGGCGGGACGCGUCGUCCCGCGGGAGCUCACGGUCAAGAGCAGCUCGCUGCUGCCGGAGAUCAAGCCGGAGCACAAGAGGGGCCCACUGUCCCACCACUUCGAUGGCCGGGGCGAGGGGGGCCGCAGCCGAGAGUCGGGCAGGGGAGCCGGAGCGUCCGACGCCGACAGCUUGAAGCCCAGGAACCAUUUCGGUGCCGGCCGGUCGACUGUGACCACCAAAGUGACCCUCCCUGCCAGGCCCAAACACGUGGAACUAAAUCUGAAAACCCCGAAGAACCCUGACAGUGUGGGAAAUGAAAGCAGUUCCUUCAGCCAGCCAGUUAACAAGGGAAACACUGCCAACAAAAUCUCCUUAUUUGAAAACAAGCGUGUUAACAGUAGCCCCAGACACGCUGAGGUCCGUAGCACUAGGAACAACCCUCCCUCUAAUAAGACGUUUGUUGGGAGGGCUAAGCUGAACUUAGCCAAAAAAGCCAAAGAAAUGGAGCAAACUGAAAAGAAAGCCGUGCCAGCCGGCCACCAGAAUGGCCUGCUAGUCAAGGAACCAUCUGCGUCUGAAGCCAAAGGUAUGGAAGUCUCUAUCCCCAGAGAAGUGGGGGAACAGCCCGCCAAGGAUCAGGUCCUCUGCCCUGAGCCUGAUCAAACUGAUAAGGCAGAUGUGCAACCAGAUGCUGCCUGCCCUUCCCAGCCAGCACCCGCUGCUCUGGCUCCAGUAAAGGACCCUACGCUCUCAGGAGAGGACCGCUCAGAGGCUGCUGACAGCAAAAACCUCAUCCUCAACAACAUGAGUGACACCACACGAGAUGUCCCUGCCAUCCCUAAUGCUGGAGAGUCCCCCCCAAAGCCACAGGGUGCAUUUUCUGACUCACUGCCUGCAUCUGAGUCAUGUAGGGAGCCUUCUGCGUCCGUUACCGUGGACACUCUCCGAGAUGGCUGUGCUCAAGUGCCCAUAUGCAGUGUUCCGCGUGCUGGCCUAGAAGUGCCGGAAAGCCAGGAUGGUUGUGUUUUGCCCGUGUCUCCUCCCGCUGAGAAAAUGCCAGUCUCCAAAUCUGAAGCGGGGAAAGCCAGCCCUCCUUCAAGUCCAGAGCACAGCCAAGAAACAGUGGGGAACGGCUGUCCGUCCAAGGUCCUCGUCCAGGUGCGUUCCUUUGUGCUUCCGGUGGAGAGCCCUCGGGAAGUGAGCUCUCAGGUCCUCUCAGAGAGCUCUGAAGUUAGAGAGGGACAGCUGCCAAGCUGUCACCAUAAUGAGCUUGAAGUGGUUUCUGUUGCCACCUGUGCUCCCCAGCAAGGUGACAUACCCAGCCCAGCACCCGAGAGCACCCACGGCAGAGAGGAGUCCGUGGCACAGUCUCGCCCACAUACCAUACAGCCAGGACCUGAGAGGGCUCUGCCUGCCGAGGCUGACCGUCAGAGCAGCGGGACAACCCUGACAGCCGAGUUCAGCCCCGUCUUCUCUCCCAGCAGCAGAAGUCAUUCAGAAAGUCCCCAAAGGGCAGGUCAAAAUGUGACCAGCCCGAAUACCCCCGCCAGCCUUUUGAACCUUUCUGCCAAUAGUGAUGAGAGUGUCUUUGAUUCUUCCUCUGAUAUGGAAAAAUUUACUGAAAUUAUUAAAAAGAUGGACAGCGCGGUAUGUGUGCCCCAGAAAAAAAAGAAGGCCAGGGUCCCAAACUCUCCAGCCCCUCACUUCGCCAUGCCUCCUAUUCACGAGGACAGUUUGGAAAAGGUCUUUGAUCCCAACGUGUUUACCAUUGGCUUGGGGAAGAAGAAGGAAAACCAGGCGGAGAUGUCACCAGCCCUGCACUUGCUGCAGAACCACGAUCCCAUAUCCAAACUGAGAGCGAAGCGCGCAUCCACUGAGCAGAGCGUCGUCUUCAGGUCUUUGCACGCUAGCGCUCAUGGGAAAAGUGAGGCUCAGGCACCUUCUGAAGUAAAUGACAAAGAGAGCAGGGACAUCACCAACGGUGGGGUGAAGCGGUCAAGGCUGGAAAACAGCACGCUUUUCUCAAGCAUGCUCUCUUCCCUGCCACACGACAAGAUCUUUUCUCCCUCUGUCACGUCCGUCAGCACAAUGAAAACAUCUUUUAGCUCUUCUCAGACAGGCUCCGUGUCUCAGCCCUCAGUGGCACAGCCCAGGAAGGAGGGUGACCCGCCCUGUGGCUCAGACAAAGAGCAGCCACCGCCUGCGCCCCACAACUCCUUAAAGGUCUUCAAUUUCGACUCAGCAAAUACAUCUCACCCGGCUUUGAACAGUCCUAAGCACAUGGAAAAAUACCUACAGAAAGAGGAAAGCAUGGGCGAUCUGAAGCCUCGGAGCAACCUGCACUUGCCAGAAAACAAACUCUCUGAUUUAUCCAAACUGAAGAGCAGCAAUGAUGUGGAAAAACCUAACCUUAUCGGAAGUGUUCCUAAGUCAAACCUGCCGAACAGUGGGAGCACUGACACGGACUUCCUGGGACUUUUCAAAGCGAGCCGAUAUGACCCAAGCCUCUCUUUUUCUGGAAUGUCCUUAUCAGACUCUACAACUCUUAGAGGAAGUGUGCACAACAAACUUAAUCCCCGGCCUGGGAAGGUAGUGAUAUUCAGUGAGCCUGAUGUCUCUGAGGAGUGCAUUGAGGUGUUUGGGGACAUCCAGGACUGCAGCUCUUGGCGCCUCUCCCCAGUGGUACUUGUGAAGGUUGUCCGAGGAUGUUGGAUUUUGUAUGAGAAAGCCAAUUUUGAAGGGCACUCCCUCGCUCUAGAAGAAGGUGAGCUGGAACUCUCUGGGCUCUGGGGCACGGAGGAGGAGAUUUUGGAUGAAGAAGCAGAGUCUGAUAAAUCAGUAGUAAUUGGAUCCAUCAGACACGUGGUCCAGGAUUACAGAAUUAGUCAAAUUGACUUGUUUACUGAGCCAGAAGGGUUAGGACUACUGAACUCCUACUUUGAUGAUACUGAGGAAAUGCAAGGCUUCGGUGUGAUGCAGAAGACCUGUUCCAUCAAAGUGCACUGGGGCACGUGGCUGAUCUACGAAGAGCCUGGAUUUCAAGGCGUCCCCUUCAUCCUGGAGCCGGGCGAAUACCCUGACCUAUCUUUCUGGGACACGGAAGAAGCGUACAUCGGAUCCAUGCGACCCCUGAAAAUGGGUGGCCGCAAAGUUGAAUUCCCUACAGAUCCCAAGGUGGUUAUUUAUGAAAAGCCUUCCUUUGAAGGAAGGUGCAUGGAACUAGAGGCAGAAAUGUGUAGUUUUAUCACAGAGGGAGGUGAGACAGAAGAAGCAACUGGAGGUGACUGUUUGCCGUUUACAUCGGUGGGGUCUAUGAAAGUUCUAAGAGGCGUUUGGGUUGCCUAUGAGAAGUGUGGCUUCACAGGACAUCAGUAUUUGCUGGAAGAGGGAGAGUACAGAGACUGGAAAGACUGGGGAGGCUACAGUGAAGACCUUCAGUCUUUACGACCUAUAUUAAGUGAUUUUUCAAAUGCUCACAUGAUAAUGUACAGUGAAAAGAACUUUGGCUCCAAAGGCUCCAGUAUUGAUGUCUUAGGAAUUGUUGCUAACUUAAAGGAGACCGGAUAUGGAGUGAAAACGCAAUCAAUCAAUGUCCUGAGUGGCGUGUGGGUAGCCUAUGAAAACCCGGACUUCACAGGAGAGCAGUAUGUCCUGGACAAAGGCUUCUACACCAGCUUUGAGGACUGGGGAGGCAAAAACUGUAAGAUCUCUUCCGUUCAACCCAUAUCCUUGGAUUCUCUCACUGGUCCAAGGAGACGAAAUCAGAUUCACUUGUUCUCAGAACCACAGUUCCGAGGUCAAAGUCAGAGUUUUGAAGAGACGAUAAGUCAAAUUGACGACUCAUUUCUGACAAAGUCCUGCAGAGUUCUGGGAGGCAGCUGGGUUGCUUACGAUGGAGAAAACUUCUCUGGCAAUCAGUAUGUGCUGGAAGAAGGCCACUAUCCUUGUCUCUCAGCAAUGGGAUGCCUGCCUGGAGCGACCCUCAAGUCUCUUCGCUUUAUAGAUGUUGAAUUUUCUGAGCCAACAAUUAUUCUUUUUGAAAGAGAAAACUUCAAAGGAAAAAAAAUUGAGCUGAGCGCCGAGACAGUCAAUCUGCGAUGCAUGGGGUUCAACACUCAGAUCCGCUCUGUCCAGGUCGUUGGUGGAAUAUGGGUUACCUACGAAUAUGGAAAUUACAGAGGCCGUCAGUUCCUGCUGUCUCCGGCAGAAGUGCCAAAUUGGUAUGAGUUCAGUGGCUGUCGCCAAAUAGGCUCUCUACGGCCCUUUGUUCAGAAACGAAUUUACUUCAGGCUCCGAAACAAGGCGACGGGUCUGUUUAUGUCAACCAAUGGGAACCUGGAGGACCUGAAGCUUCUCAGAAUCCAGGUCAUGGAAGACGUCGGCGCGGAUGACCAGAUUUGGGUUUAUCAAGAAGGAUGCAUCAAAUGCAGGAUAGCCGAAGACUGCUGCCUGACUAUCGUGGGCAGCCUCGUAACAUCUGGCUCUAAACUGGGACUGGCCCUCGACCAAAACGCGGACAGUCAGUUCUGGUGCAUGAAGUCGGAUGGCAGGAUCUACAGCAAGUUGAAACCAAAUUUAGUCUUGGAUGUGAAAGGGGGUGCACAGUACGAUCAGAAUCACAUCAUCCUCAACACGGCGAACACAGAGAAGUUAACGCAAGUGUGGGAAGCCAUGGUCCUGUGAACCUGAACCGAGAAUGCAGGAGGAGGAUUUCCAGGGGAUUUUCUGGCCACCUUACUGAAGAAAAAUAAAAUAACAGAGCUGAUGGAGAAGCCAAGUAGAAAGUGGACUGGAGGCCAUGGCGGGGAGAAUUGGCUUCUCAAAGACAUUUGAGGUUGAAGCCAAUAGAUUGAUGUUCUUGUUUCUUGCCUCGUAUUUUCUCAGUAGCUCAUUAAACAAGCUGCUCUGGUAGCAGCUUUUGGGUGUAGAUGUUUUAAAGAUCAACACCACAUCGUAAAUUAUUUCCAGGGACAGGAGGGGACAAGACUUCUGAGUGUGGACAUACAGAUUCCUUAGAGGGAAGGAUGAAAGGCCAAGCUGGUCCUCAGAAGACCUUAGCAUUGGAGGGUGUGUUGCCAGACCUCUGAUCCAUGGCCUUCACAAUUUCCAGGACCAUUUAUCUGGGAUGGUAGAGCGGGAAAGCCCUGUUUUCUCAGACAUAUUCUGAGGAGUUUAGCAAGCAUAAACAAAACACUAUUCAAAUAAAUAAAUUUGCAAAAUUUCAUGUGGAUGUCUGUUUAUGAGCAGAACUUGGGUUAUUUUAAUUCACCUGAGGACUCCCUCAAGUGUCUACAGAUAGUUUAAUGCCUUCCUCACAGCUGCUGUUGGGACAGUAUUAUGGUCUAAUUUAUUAACCCUUGCUCUGCCAUUCACAUCUAAUGCUGAAGCCAUAUUCUAUAAU